CACCAACUUGAUAAAAUGGGUGGUGGUGGAGGAGGAGGAGACCUAUAACGACACUAUUACGAAGGGGCUCAGCCUUUUUUUUGGAUUUGUAAUCUUCACCUUGAUCUGAAAGCCAAAAAGUUAUCAAAUUUGUUCGUCUAUUACAUUGAGAACAAAGUAUGCCUUUUCAACUAGAAGCGAAACCGAGGCUCUAAAGGCCAAGUUCGAUUUCAGGAAGCUUCCCAUUUGAUUUUAACACGAUCACUUAUUUAUAUACGUGAGCGCACGCUUUAUCAAUUCAUCAGAGACUCAAUUCAUAUAUGAUUCAGGCAAUCCAGUGAUCCAUUAUAUAGUCAUCGAGCACCUGAAGGAGAUUCAAUGGCGACGUCAGAAAACAGCUUAGCAGAAUGCUUCAACCGCCGCCGGUUGAACUUUUUAAUGCUCUUUGAGGAUUGUAUCAUUAAAGCUAACAAAGAUCUUCGUCCAGUCUGGCCACUUUAACAACUUCCAACUUUUCUCACACCUCAAGGCAGGUGUGGGGUGAAAACGAAGGGGUGAUACUGCUAUGUGUUCUAAGGAGAUCAAAAUCGUCACAUAUUUGGAGAUUGUGCCGUGUGUCUGAAGCAUUAUCUCAUGAUUACGGCUAAGAUCAGCCUGAAAUAAGAAUAUAUAGUUGUUGGUUAAGCUGAUUAGCCUUAAUGUUAGAUGAUAAGCAACUUUAAGUAAUACUGAAAGUGAGCAGUUUUGAUGUGAAUUUUGGUUUGUCCUAUCAGAAUGGUUAGAUUUUCCUGCUUCCAUGCUCACAUCCACUCCCAUAAACAAAAGAAAACAGUCCAAAUGUCUGCUGAAGUAAUACAGAAGAGGCUGGAAGGUCAUUCUGAGAAUCAUUCCCUGAAGGAUUUUAGUUAUUGCGAAGCAACCAGUCCACUUCAUUCAAAGAGCGUGAGCAAUGUUUUGGAUAUUUACUCUGGCCACGUCAUAGAUUCUUCUUCUAAUGGGCAUGGUUGUAAAUCUGAAGAGAUCGAGGAUGAGUACAAAAGUGAAUGCAAUGCAAGUGGUGAUCACAACAAGACUGCUGAUAUUAAAAAAUGUAGAUCUUUAGGUAGUGGGUUGGGAUGGGAAGGAAGGGCAUAUGAUGACUAUGAUUCAGAGGAUUGCAGUCACAGAAGAUUUUCAUUUGACAACUUUCAAGAGGUUCUUCAACCUUCAUCUGUUCAAGUGAGUUCUGGCUCGGCAAACACUGAGUCUAUAUCUUUGGCCGGAGACCAAAAACAGUCUGAGAGAGAAGAAGACGACCACAUGGCACAUACGCCUUGCACUUCAUUAACUGUUGUAAAAUCAACUUCUUUGCCUAACAUGCAUUGCACUGGCCAGAGUUUCACUCCCCUAGUUCCUUCUCCCAGAUCUGCUGAGGAUUUGAUUGUUCUAGAGACAAGAAAGGAGGUUAUGAUGGACAGAGAGAUACAUGUCACGGAUCAUGAAGAAACAGAGGGCUAUAUUACAAACAUCAUGAAGAUAACUGGGGAAGACCAUGUUGGUGAAGUUUAUGACAGUUAUAACUAUGCAGGGUCCGCAAAAGAUUGGAUUCUGCCUGCUUCAGAGAAUAUUAAUGGAAAGUCAUUGUUUUGCCAGUUAAACGAGUUACCGAGCAAAGAUUUUAGGCUAAAGCGAAUUGAGGACUGGGUUACAGAUCUCCAGAAGUGUGGCCCUCCUGAAGAAGAAAUGAAUGAAAUGAGCGCUCAUGAUAAUGGUGAUGAGAAGAUACAUAAGGAGAAAGUAUUCAAUGGCUCACCCUCGGUAAUGCUGGACGAGAAGGUCAAUCCUGGCAUGGAAGCAGUUAACAAAUAUAUCUCUUCUUUGAGUGCUUCAGCGACAUCCGUUCAACUUGUAAACCAUGGUUUGGUUGCUAUACCAUUUCUCGGCACCUUUUUGGGCCUCAAAGCACUUAACUUAUCUGGAAAUGCCAUAGUAAAGAUAACUCCUGGAACUCUCCCUAGGGGGCUUCAUAUUUUGAAUUUAUCACGAAAUAGUAUCUCAACUGUUGAAGGAUUACGAGAGCUCACUCGACUUCGUGUUCUUGACCUGAGCUAUAACCGAAUACAGAGAAUUGGACACGGUCUUGCUUAUUGUUCCUCCCUGCGAGAGUUAUACAUAGUGGGUAACAAAAUUAGUGAGAUCGAGGGUCUCCACCGCCUCCUCAAACUGAACGUUUUGGAUUUGAGGUAUAACAAAAUAUCCACACCCAAAUCCCUGGGCCAACUCGCAGCUAAUUACAGCUCGCUCCAAGCUAUCUCUCUGGAAGGCAACCCUGCCCAGAAGAACGUUGGUCAUGAACAACUGAAGAAACACCUGCAGAGUCUUGUCCCACACCUCACAUACUAUAACGGUCAACCCAUCAAGAUUGGAGCAUCUAAGGACACAUCAGACAGGUCUUGUCGGUUAGGGAUUGGGUCCCACCAGGUAGACCGUGGCAUUAAAGCAGAACUCAAAGUCGUGCGGAAGGGUUCCACUGGUGUCUCUUCUUCUUAUAAUAAAGCACCGUCUUCAUCAAUCCAUGGUCGUAAGGCAUCAAAAGGCAGACAUGGACACUUGGUGGGCCCAAGUGUUGCCCGAAGAAGCACACAUCAGCCUCACACCGGUGACCCCAAGAACAGGCUUAUUAUGAGCUUCAGGCCUGAUUCCUCUAUGCGAAGGAGCCACAGUGAGGGAAAUCUUGGUCCUUCCUGAGGUUAUUACUAUUAGUGGUGGAUUAUGUGUUCUGAAAACAAUGUUUGGUUGUCUACUCUUCUUUGGUUUUGCUCGUGUUACUUUCUGGUAUUGGAAUUGUCAAUAAAGAGCGGUUUCCAAGAUUUUAUUAUACUUGCUAUUUCAGUAUUUUGCAUUCCUCAAUGCUCUAUGAAGCAUACACAUCAAUACAUGCAUCCCUGAUGUACUUAAACGACCUCGGUGAAAUGUCCUCAGGCUCAAUAUUUUAGUUAAAGCCUUAAAGGCUAACCCAACUGUUGAGGUUAGCCUGUUGUAUUCAUUGUUUCGAAAGCAUGGGCCCCGAAUAAGUUAGCUGUGUCUCAAUACAUUUGAACAGGCCCGUGUGGUGUGUAGUAGGGCAACCCUUGGCAGGAACAGAAGGAUUUGAAAAUCAGAAGGAAAUGUUAGAUGUUUAGUACUAUGAUCAUAUAUGUGAGCUAUUGUUCUACCACGUGAGUUGCAUGAGAAUGUAGCGGCCAAAAGAAUUGCUGAUUUUAUAGGUAAAUACAGAUAACAAUACGGAGUUUUUUUUUUUAAUAAGUUAUAACAAUAGCUAUAACUCAG